AUGGAAAUCGAACCCACAUCUCUCCAGUUACAUGUCAGAGGGACAGACGAAGUAUGGAUUGCAACAGAAGGUACUACAUGUCAGUUUGAGUCUAUAAUGGAUUUUAAAAUUAUACCAGAUAUCGGUGAAGAUCUGUUUGUUGUUGAACAACCAUUUCUAGUCCUGGUAGACGAACCAGAGCAGUUAUUGUUAGAAAAUAGUGCAACUAUCAAUGGUACAUGUAUUGUUACAAUCAAUAUAGAAAAUAGGAGGCUGAAUGAUAUAAAAUUUUAUCAUCAAACAUUUGCUAAGUAUUAUUGUGCAGAAUGUUUUCUUGCCAUACUCAAAGAAAAAUUUGAUGACCACAGUGUUUUAAAUGACUGUAAACCAUUUUUGAUCAUUGAAUUAUUUAAAGAUCAUUUUGAAGUUGUUUAUUUAUGUAUGUAUUCAUAUAUUUACUGUUCUGAUGCUGAAUAUGAUCCUGUACUAAUGUUUAAUUGGGAAAUUGCACAACAAUCUUGGUUAAUUAAACCAGAUAGAAAAGAUAUUAUUAGAUGGGUUUUGUAUUAUGAUGAAACAGCUAAAAUAUGCGAGAACGAAAAUUCGAAAGAAUGUCUAAAGUAUUAUGUGAAUAUAAUAAUGAAUUUAAUCAAACUAUUUUUAAAGAUAUAG